CAGAAAAACUUUGAACUACACGUUUAUGUCCGUAAAGCUUGAAGAUCGGCCCGGACCGGCCCAUUAUCUAGUUAUUCUGCGUGCCAGCUGCUUCAAUACUGAAGAAGCCCCAAACAAGCGUAGUGAGGUACUGGUUGCUCAUUCAAUCUUACUCUGCAAAUCGAUUAUGGCUGAAAUUCACACUCUCAGGUUCAAACUCUCUUUUUCUCUCUUAGUUCUUCCCUAUGCCCUAACCCUGAUCUCAAACCCCACGUCCUCUCUCUCAACCGGGUUUGGCUUCGAUCCAGUUCCAAUCUAUCGAACCCCAACCACCAACCUCAACUUCGAUUCCCGAACUGCCCUCUUUGGCUACGCCGACAUGGUUGCCGUCAACAAUGGCAUGCGGUGCGUGAAGCUCACACGGCCGUCGAUCUCGAGAUUCGGGCUUCUCAUGCGCGAUGAAUCGUUCAAGUUCCUUGACGGAAAUCAUCCGACGUCGUUCUCAACGGAGCUCUCGUUCUCGAUCUUCCCCGUAAACGGCGACGGCGACGGCCUUGUUCUCGACUUCGUUCCCAGCGGAUGUUGGUCAAAAUGGUUGACUACUGGAGGUUCGUUUGCGCUCUCCGAAGAGAACAGGUUUCUGUCCGUCGGAUUUGAUGCGAAAAUGGACGGCAAUGUAGGUGAUUCGAAUGCCAGCUACGUGAGAAUCAAUGUGAACGGCGUCGUUUCCUCUUCGAGUUUGGUGCUAAGCAACGGCGACAACAACGGAUUGAAAUCUUGGAUCGACUACGAUGCGAGCUCGAAGCGACUGGAAGUUAGGCUCGCCAAAUCCGGGGACGCGAGGCCGUACAAUCCGAUCAUGGCGCGUGCGGUCGAUUUGGCCGAAAUGUGGAUGGACGACGACGUGCGCGUGGGCAUAGCUUCUCGGAACGGGAUGGUGUGUUCGUGGAGGUUUAGGGUGCGAAAGUUUCCGAAUUCGAUUCACACGCUGCCGGUGGAUCCGCGGAGUUAUGUGGGUAAGGAGGAGCGUGGUGAGCGCGUGAGGCUGGAGAGGAGGAGAGUGCGUCCGUUGUCAGUGGCCGGAUGUUUGAUUUUCGCGACGGUGUGUGGGGCUUCGGUGGCUUUUGUGGUGCUGUUUCUAUCGGUGAUCUUUUUCAAGAAGCACGCGGCGGAGCAUCCGGUGUACGCUGUGGAGUUCGGGUACGAGAAGGUUGCCGUGGAUGUUGAGAAAAAUAGAGAGGGCUUGAAGAAUUCCAUUAUUGUCUCAGCCACCGCUUCGUGAUCCUGCUCGUCUGCAAUUUCUGGCCACAUUUUCUUGGGUGUGCCAUGGGGGAACACUUGGAAUAAAUUAAGGUAUGGCCGGGCCUGAAAUUGGUUGUGGGAUUUUGUGUUUCUGUUGUGUUUGUUGAUAGGAACUAACGUUGGCAGAGCUAGAACUAAAUUCUGUAACAUAUAACAAUUGUACUAGAAUGAACUAUGAUGUACUUGGUUUGCA